UCCCACGGUCAAUCCCGGUACUGAUGCAGUGACCACACUAUCAGGGAACAAUCCCCUACCCAAGUGUUUUUUAACUGAUUUCCACCGAUUAUGGAUCAAUUCCGAGUCCCGUACUCAUUUCAGCCUAUUCGGCCGGACCGAUCUGGAUCCCGAUUCCUGACUUUUGAACACUGAACCCACCCUUAGCGGGAUCACGACCUUCUAAUCUAGUUUAGGGUUUUAGUGGAGUCUCUACUUUGUUGUUUGGGAAAAAAAAAAAAAAAAAAAAAAUGUCGUCGAAAGCCCUAGCCCGCGUUGGUUCUUCUCUCGUAAAUCGCUUCUUCAAUCUUCAUCUUCACCACCAAUCUGAUUCAAAUCUCGGCAUUUUAUCUCCUAAGCUUCUGCCUUCCAUUUCCAAGUUCCAGAAUUCUCUUCGUUUGGAGGAAAACUGUACUGAGACCCUGCGAAAGGUGGCUGCUGAAGAAUUUCCCUAUCCAUGUGGCCUUCCUUCUCUCCGCUUCUUCUUACCAGAUGGAAAUGCUUCAACAUCAACUGAAUCGGUGCUCUUACUUCCCAAAAGGACCUACCAACCCAGCCAUGUCAAGCGGAAGAGGACCCAUGGAUACUUUGCUCGAAAGGAAACGAAAGGUGGACGGAGAGUCAUUGCUCGGAGAAUAGCAAAGGGUCGAUCAAGAAUCACAGCAUAAUUAAUUGUCAAGAAAGGUUUGGUUUACCAUGGUGCCUUGUAAGUUUGUAACACUCACUGGGAAGGGACACAGCUAGUGUAACUCAUGUCACAAAUCUUCUGUUCCAUAGCAGAGUAGAUAAGAAAACAUGCUGUGCGGUUGGUUGGAUCGAAUGGCUGAGAAUUGUUCAUUUCGUUCAUCAAUUUCUUCUUCUCCAAUUUAAUAGUUUUCUUUUUUCUGUUCAUUCUGUACACUUUUUUUCCUGGUAAUUUCAUAAAAAAGUUGAGAAGGUGAAACUCUAUAUUAUUGAAAAGGAAGCUGUUUGUUACACCUUUA